AUGGAUAUCUUCCUAGACAUUCUAGAUACAUUGAUCCUCGAUCGGUGCUAUGCAUUACUUUCGCCGGACCCAACAGCAAUCUCCAAAAAUGACAAUCUAGCCAGUGCCAAUUUGAACCGACAUGUUGGGCUUUAUUACCCCAUGCAGCCUUCAAAAUGGGCAGAGGCAAGUCUUUGGAAGAGAGAUGACAUUGCCAGGCAAGCACUGUCGUUAUACUUGAUUAUAUGGCUUUUUGCAAUGAUAACGUACCUCCUCGGUAGUCUCCUACUAUACCACACACUAUUCGACAAAAGACUACUCCAACACCCGCGAUUCCUCCCAAACCAGAUCAAACUCGAGAUCAACCAAGCCAUCUCCGCAAUCCCCGUGAUGGCUCUCCUCACCGUUCCCUUUUUCCUAGCAGAGAUCAGGGGAUGGUCGAAGUUAUAUGAUUUCACCACUGACUCUCCUUUCUUCGGAUAUACCUUAUUGCAAUACCCAUUGUUCAUCUGCUUUACAGACAGCGGCAUUUACUGGAUACACCGUGCUUUGCAUCACCCCCGCAUCUACCGCUGGCUUCACAAACCGCACCAUAGGUGGGCUGUACCGACGCCGUUCGCCAGCUAUGCAUUUCAUCCUUUGGACGGAUGGUCACAAAGUCUGCCUUACCAUAUUUACCCGUUGAUUUUUCCGCUGCAGAAAGGUGCAUAUAUGGGGCUGUUCAUCUUUGUCACAAUGUGGACGGUGCUGAUCCACGAUGCCGAGUACAUGCCGACAUCGGAGAUAAUUAACGGCGCGUCUUGUCAUACGAUGCAUCACUUGUACUUCAACUACAAUUAUGGCCAGUUUACAACGGCAUGGGAUCGUCUCGCAGGGACAUACCGAAAACCCAAGGGUGAUAGCUUUAUGGAAGGCCAGUCAACGGAUGGGAAAGAGAAACUUGCAGAGAAGUGUGAUUGA